AUGGAAGCAGUGAUCACUCAGGACCCCUCCUUUCGUAAUGUUCUACCGCCCGACUUCUUAUGGGGAGUUGCUUCGGCAAGCUAUCAAAUAGAAGGAGGAUGGAAUGCCAAUGGCAAAGGACCCAGUGUUUACGAUCAUCUAUGGCAGCACAGGGAGAACGGGGAGGUCGCUUGUGACUCAUAUCAUCUCUGGAAAGAAGAUGUCCAACUAUUGAAAAAAUACGGAGUGAACUGCUAUAGGUUCUCGGUCAGCUGGCCAAGGGUGAUACCUUCAGGGGGCGCGGAGGAUCCAGUGAACGAGGCUGGGUUAGCCUACUAUUCAAACCUGAUUGACGCCCUUUUGGAAGCGGGAAUCACACCAGUAGUAACGAUUUAUCACUGGGACCUGCCCCUCCCAUUAUUUCAAAAAUACGGCGGAUUCUACGAUAAAGAUGCGAUGUCUCGAGACUUCGUGAGAUAUGCUCGCCUGUUAUUUGAGACGUUUGGGGAUAGGGUCAAGGACUGGAUUACCAUUAAUGAGCCUCAUAUCAUCUUUUCCGGAGCCUCUCACAUAUUUGACGGUCGUUGGAAUCCGGACACAGAUAUACCCAGGUUCACAGAAAGUCUACUCCUCUGCCAUGCCAAAGUCGUGAAGCUAUAUAGGAAUGUCUUCCAGCCAACGCAGAGAGGGAAAAUCGGAAUUACCCUCGACAUCGACUGGGUAGAACCUUUUGACGACAGUACGGAAGCGAAAAAGAUGGCGGAAUUCACGUUGGAAAGUGUUUGUGGCCUGUUUGCAGGUCCGAUCUUCCACGGGCGAUUCCCUCAAUCUGUGCUGGAGGACUAUGGAGAUCUGACACCCAAGCUUACCGAGGACGAGUGGAACAUCGUCCGAGAUUCCUCAGACUUUUUUGGCCUAAAUCAUUACGGGUCCUCCUAUGCGACUGGAAGACGACAUCCGCCAGGCGAAGGCACCAGAAUGGAUUUGAUUUCCGGAAGAGCGGAGAGAGUGUUCGAAAGAGAUGGGGUUCCGAUAGGAAGUCGUGGGGUAGACGGACAUCCUCACGAUGUACCCUGGGGCUUCCGUAAACUCCUUCAAUACAUCCACACAAAUUACACUGUUGGCCGUGAUAUACCCAUCAUGAUCACUGAGAAUGGUACUUCAAUUGAAGGCGAGGAUUUGAUGAGUCGAGCUGAAGCUAUCAAUGAUGUGAAGCGACAAACAUAUUACGCAGGGUAUCUGAAAGAGUUAAUCGAGGCGGCUAGAGACGAUGGGAUUUUGAUUGGCGGUUAUAUGGCGUGGUCGUUCUUGGACAAUCUGGAAUGGACCAGAGGUUGGAGACCACGUUUUGGUCUGACGGUCGUUGAUCGCGAGGAUGGAUGUAAGCGGUACCCGAAAGACUCAGCGUUCAUGCUUGGGAGGAUCUUCAGACAUGCCGUCAAGGGGUAA